UGCCUCUCUGGUUGUACGAGUAGGCUACGAUUUCUUUUUUAAUCCCAUAUCCUUUAUUGUUGAACCCAAAGCGUGCGGAGAUUUCCAAUCCGCUGUCAAAACAAAACCCGGCGAUCAAUUCGUCCUGUGAUUUUACGUCUUAUUCACCCCAUCGUUUGAAAGAGCCUGUUAGAUCGACUAUAAUCCCAGCAAAGAUGGCGCCUUCUGAAAGAGCCGGAAAGAGUGUCUUUCUUGGAAACAUCCCAUAUAAUCUCACAGAGGAGCAGGUGAAAGAUAUCCUUAGUUCCGCGGGCACAGUGACAAAAUUCCGCUUGAUGAUGAAUCCAGAGACGGGAAAGCCUAAAGGAUACGGGUUUGCCGACUUCGCCGAUGCUGAUGCAGCCGCCUCCGCCGUUCGCAACUUGAAUGACUAUGAGGUCAUGGGUCGGAAGAUCCGCGUGGACUGGCCUCACAAUAAUGAGAAGGAUUCGAUACCCCCGGAUUAUUCACAGACGUCUCAAGUACCUGGACAGGAUGGACAGUCAGGGGCACAGCAGUCUGCGCCUCUGCCACCUCUUCCUCCUGGCGUCGAGCUCCCGCCGCACCUUGACUGCCCGAAUGCUAUCUCUCAGACCCUCUCCUCCCUCCCUCCGAACCAACUCCUUGAUGUACUCUCUCAGAUGAAAUCGUUGGUCAUGGCUGACCCGGCCCGGGCUACGGAACUUUUGCGACAAGCGCCUCAGCUUGCAUACGCUAUCUUCCAGGCACUACUCUUGAUGAACCUUGUCGACUACGGCACUUUGGGGUCCGUGGUGGAACAGGCCGCUCAACCUCAGGCGGCAGCAACCGCCCCUCCUCCUGCAGCGCAACCUUUUCAGCCUUUCUCAGCUGUACCCGGUCCAGUGUCCACGCCACCCCAGCAGCAAAUGGCAGGGCAAGACGACCUCUUACAACAAGUGCUUAGUAUGCCGCAGUCUGCCAUUGAUGCGCUACCUCCAAUGGAACGGAGCCAAAUCAUGCUUUUGCGACAGCAACUAAUGCAAGGUGCCAUGCGGUGAUGAGAAUGCGAGAUCGAUCUAGGAUGAAGAAAUACGAUUGGGUUUGACGGUCUGGUUGCUUACGUGAUUUGGUCCUUUUGGUCAGCUUCAAUCCCCCUUUUUCUUUUUUCUUUUCUUUUCUUUUCAAUUUUUUUUUCAUUUUUUUUUUUGGAAUGACAAAUGGGAUGGCGCAGAAGGUUCAUAUGCAGGUUGUAUAAGUUAGCACAGACUAUUGAUUGUAUUUUUUAUUCAAGUAGAUAUCCCAUUAUUGAUUGAUUGCUACAUUUAUUUUCCUUUUUUACAUUUUUACUGUUUAUUGACGCCACCAGGAAAUCAAUCUAAUAAAUUUUGCUAAAGUAAAC